GCAUAUUCGACAUCACACACAAAUCUUUAAUAAGUGGACAUGUAAAUUGUUUUUGUCAGUACAAGCGUUGUGGCAAACAUUUAAUGUACCAACCAGCAAUUUCUUUUGCCAAACGUGUCUAACAUUGUGCCAUAUAUGAAUUGAAUAUGUUUAAAUAUUACAUAUUAGUUUUGGUAACAAUCUUUGCUGAAGAUGUUAACUGCUUGGAUAAUGGAUUGGCACUUACACCCCCAAUGGGAUGGAUGCACUGGCAAAGGUUCCGGUGUUUAGUGGAUUGUGAUGCCUAUCCAGACGAAUGUAUAAGUGAAAAACUCUUUCGUGACAUGGCCGAUAGGUUAGCCGAAGACGGAUUCAAGGAAGUUGGCUACGAAUACAUCAUCAUAGACGACUGUUGGGCAUCCAAGGAAAGAGACGAAAAUGAAAGGCUCCAGCCUGAUCCAAUAAGAUUCCCCAGUGGAAUUAAAGCUCUAGCUGACUAUGUGCACAGCAAAGGUCUAAAGUUUGGUAUCUACGGUGACUUUGGAACAAAAACUUGCGCUGGUUACCCCGGAAGCAUCAACUACUUGGAACAGGACGCUAAGACAUGGGCGGAGUGGGGUGUGGACUACUUGAAGUUAGACGGAUGUUAUGCUGACGAAAAGAUCAUGGAAGAGGGGUAUGCCAAAAUGGGAAGGUAUUUGAAUCAAACCGGAAGACCCAUCGUCUACUCAUGUAGCUGGCCAGCUUAUCAAGAACCACUUGGCAUCAAGUCUAACUAUAGCGCUUUGCAAGAGACCUGCAAUCUUUGGAGAAAUUGGGACGACAUUGACGAUGGUUGGGCGAACGUUACAAGCAUAUUAAAAUGGUUCAGCAACAAUCAAGACCGAAUCGCUCCUUUUUCAGGGCCGGGACAUUGGAAUGACCCUGACAUGCUUUUGAUUGGCAAUUUUGGACUCAGCUACGAGCAGAGCAAAGCCCAGAUGGCAAUAUGGGCAGUAAUGGCGGCGCCUCUGAUAAUGUCUGUCGACUUGAGAACCAUCGAACCGAAGUUCAAGGAAAUUUUACUCAAUAAAGACAUUAUUCGUGUCAACCAAGAUCCUUUGGGAAUCCAAGGCAAAUUAGUACUUACCAAAAGUAAAAUUGAUAUAUGGACUAAGCCAAUUGUGCCAGAUGUCAAUGGCUCUCAAUCUUAUGCCAUUGGGAUUAUUAGUAAUCGUUUUGAUGGAUACCGCUACAGACUCAAUUUCACAUUGGCUGAAUUGAACAUAAAUAGUCAAUAUAAAUAUGUUGUUACAGACCUGUACGAAAAUAAAGAACCUUCUAAAGAAGUUGGUAUAAAUGAUCUCAUCUUCGUUCGUGUAGCACCUACAGGAGGCACACUUCUUCAAGUGACACCAAGUGUUGAACUGUAAAAUUUGACUCAGUAUAUUACAAAUAUAAGUGAAAUCGACAAGUUUAAAUUUGUAACUGCUAUAGAUUGAAAAAAAUCUUAUAAUUACUAAUAAAUAUUUGUUUUAUUUCUGUUUUAA